UCUCAGCUCGGGAGUCGAUCAAUCGGAGGGACGUACAGGUACAGGUGAUAGCAAAGCCAUGUCGUCGGAUGCAGGGAAGAAGGCCUAUGUUGUGGCCAUGGUGAUACAGGUGAUCUACACCGGCAUGUACGUCGUCUCCAAGGCGGCCUUGGACGGAGGCAUGAACUCCUUCGUCUUCAUCUUCUACCGCCAGGCUGCCGCCACUCUUCUCUUGGUGCCGCUCGCCAUCAUCCUCGAGAGGAGAAACGCGCCACCCAUGUCGCUGUGGUUGUUCACUAAGAUUUUCUUGUAUGCUUUACUCGGGAGCACGGUGAGCAUGAACCUUCAUAACCUGAGCCUCAAGUACACCUCCGCGACCGUGGCGUCCGCCACGAGCAACUCCAUCCCGGUGAUCACCUUCCUCUUCGCCGUCCUCCUCCACCUCGAAGCCAUCAAGCUCCGUGCCUCCUCCGGCGCCGCGAAGCUGGCCGGUGUGGCGCUCUGCGUUGGCGGCGUGCUCGUCAUCGCCCUCUACGCGGGGCCACCGCUCAGCCCGCUCAACCACCACCGCGCCUUCGCCGGCCACGCGCACGCCGGCGGCGGGAACAAGCAGGGGCAGUGGAUGAAGGGCACGUUCCUGAUGCUCCUGGCAAACGUGACGUGGUCGCUCUGGAUCGUGCUCCAGGCGCGCCUCCUCAAGGAGUACCCCAACAAGCUGCUGGUCACGGCGCUGCAGUGCCUGCUCAGCACGGCGCAGUCGCUCGCGCUGGCGGCGGCGGCGACCGCCGGGAGGCGGGACGUGUGGAGACUUCGGCUGGACGUGGGGCUUGUCGCCGUGGCGUACUCCGGGUUCGUGGUCACCGGGGUGUCCUUCUACCUGCAGGCGUGGUGCAUCGAGAAGCGCGGGCCGGUGUUCCUGGCCAUGUCCAACCCGCUGGGCCUCCUGCUCACCGUGUUCUGCUCCUCUUUCUUCCUCGGCGAGGUCGUCCACCUCGGUAGCAUCCUCGGCGGGGCGCUGCUCGUGGCAGGGCUGUACAGCGUGCUCUGGGGGAAGAGCAAGGAGCUGCCGCCGCCACCCUCGCCUUGUCUAGAUCAUGCAUCAGCAAUAAUCUGCACCGUGAAACAAGGAUCGGCUGCUAGUGAUGGUGACAUGAACAUGGAUGGGGUGAAGUUAGAGGAGAAGAGGAUCAAGCUGGAUUCACAGGUGUAGCUACAAAAAGUAUAUACAUACAUAGUUACAGAGAAGCGGCAGGCCGAUCACGAGUGAUUAGUUUCACGAGACUGAUCUGGAGAGUGACACAGUAUACUGGAGUAUGUUAAUCCACUCGCCUGAUAAAGUACAGUAGCACGAGGACAUGUAUUAAUUACUGGGAACUUCUGAACGAUCAUACGAGUGCUGGAACGCACGUGCGCAGAGGGACGACUGCUGAUGUAUGCCGAAAUUCAACUUCACAUGUAAUUUUAUCUUGGCA